CUGAAGUAAUAAAGCAAACUUUGUUUUUCAGUGCAAUCACAGAUUUUCUCUUCUUUCCCUACAGGCUUAUCCUAGCAGCUAACAGAGAUGAAUAUUACCACAGGCCCUCCAAAUCCGCCGAUUUUUGGGACAAUAGCAGCGAGAUUCUCAGUGGCUUGGAUAUGGAAGAAGGGAAAGAAGGUGGCUCCUGGCUUGGAAUCAGCAAGAAAGGCAAGAUGGCCGCCUUGACCAAUUACAUGCAGCCUCAGAUCAACAAGCACGCAAAAGGAAGAGGUGCCCUGGUGACGAAUUUCUUGACCUCAGAAAUGGACAGUUACUCUUACUUGAAGAAAGUGGCCUUGGAAGGACACCUUUACAAUGGCUUUAAUUUGAUAGCAGCAGACUUAAGGUAAGUCUGUAGUAAACCUUAUCCACUUAGCAGCGAAACUCAGAAUCUGACCCCGCAGGUGUUAACGUGUAUGUUGCUUUAUAGCAGAGAGUUCUGUGCUACCUGGUGUGUUUUUUUUCCCCCCUCUUAAGCAUGGGGUUUGAGUUCAGAAAUGGAGAAUCACAACUUUGGCUUCAGAUUUGAUUGCCCAAGUUUUUUUUCUGAGUCAAGGCCAU